CGGCUGCAGCGGAUCCCACGGUGCCCAUCCAGUUCCAAUUCCAGUGUGCCGCCCUCAACAAACCAGCAACGCCCGCGUCAAACCCAUGUGCCCGCUCCCAUCAACGCGCCACAUCUCUACGUGCCCACCCCCACCUAGUUAAAAUCCUAAACGACGAGCAGCAGCAGCAGUGGCCGGCCGCAGUGAGCUCCGAAAACAAGUCGACAGCGUCCGAGCAAGCAGAAGCAGAGCAAUCCUCACAAACAAUGGCGAGAGGGCGGGAGGGCGAGGUGAGGAACCUGGUGCUGGGCAAGUAUGAGCUGGGGCGGAUGCUGGGGCAGGGCUCCUUCGCCAAGGUCUACUACGGCCGCGACCUGCGCGACGGCCAGAGCGUGGCCAUCAAGGUCAUCGACAAGGCCCGCCUCCGCCAGACGGACGGCAUGGUGGAGCAGCUGCGCCGGGAGAUCUCCAUCAUGCGCAUGGUGCGCCACCCCAACGUCGUCGGCAUCAGGGAGGUGCUCGCCAGCCGCCAGCGCGUCUUCGUCGUCAUGGAGUACGCGCGCGGCGGGGAGCUCUUCGCCAAGGUUGCCCGCGGCAGGCUCACGGAGGACGCCGCGCGCAACUACUUCCAGCAGCUCGUCGCCGCCGUCGCCUUCUGCCACAGCCGCGGCGUCGCGCACCGGGACCUCAAGCCCGAGAACCUCCUGCUCGACGAGGACGGCCGGCUCAAGGUCACCGACUUCGGCCUCGCCGCGCUGCCCGAGCAGCUGCGCCACGACGGCCUGCUCCACACGCAGUGCGGCACCCCGGCCUACGUCGCGCCGGAGGUGCUCCGGAAGCGCGGCUACGACGGCGCGCGCGCCGACAUGUGGUCCUGCGGCGUCGUGCUCUACGUCCUGCUCUGCGGCUUCCUCCCCUUCCAACACGACAACUACGUCAAGAUGUACCAGAAGAUCUUCAAGGGCGAGUACCAGAUGCCGCCCUGGGUCUCCGGCGAGGCGCGCCGCCUCAUCGGCCGCCUGCUCGCCGUCGACCCCGCCAAGCGCAUCUCCAUCCCGGAGAUCAUGCUCACGCCCUGGUUCAAGAGGGGGUUCGUGCCGCCCGUCCCCUCCUCCCCCGUCACGCCCAGGAAGUGGGACGACGACAACGCCGCCGCCGCCCUGAUCGACGGCAGCGAGGACAGCUCCGGCAACAUCUCGCCGCGGACGUGCAAUGCGUUCCAGCUCAUAUCCUCCAUGUCCUCCGGGUUCGACCUAUCGGGGCUGUUCGAGAGCGAGCAGAAGGCCGCCACGGUGUUCACGUCCCGCGCGCCGGCGGCCACCGUGUUCCACAAGCUGGAGUCGGCGGGCAAGGCGCUGAGGUACAACACAACCAGAGGGAAAGGGUGGAGGAUCAGAAUGGAGGCCAAGGCCGACGGCGCCAACGGGCGGCUAGCGGUCACCGCCGAGGUGUUCGAGGUGGCCGCCGACGUGACCGUGGUCGAGUUCGCGCACGACGGCGGCGACGCGCUCGACUUCAACAAGUUCUGCGCCGAGGACGUGCGCCCUGGGCUCGCGGACAUUGUGUGGGCGUGGCAGGGCGACGUGCCCGCCUUGCCGGGCGCCGUCGCGUGAUCUCAGGCCGUCCCUCUUCUCUGUGCAUACAAAUGGAGAUGGAGUAAAUUAGUGAUACUGUGUAGGAUAAUUUGCUCGACUUUAGUUCUAUAGUUUUCUUCGGGGCAGCCAUGACUAGAACGCGGUUAAUUAUGCUAUGUCCACGGUGUAACUCGCGUGCGGAGCAACUUGAAGAGAGGUGUUUGUAGAUGACGAGACUUGCGAGGAUCUGUGCCUGAUGUAUACGUCCGGCGAUCGAUGUGUACAUAUAUAUAUAUAUGCAAAGUUUUGUUCCCUGAUCAA